AUGAAAGUAUCUGUAGGUCAUGUUUCCAAGAGAAUAUGCCAAAGAUCUUUGCAGAAUAAAACAUCAAUUAAUCCAACAGCUUCUGUUCAUGGCAGACAUCAUCGAGUGUUUAGAGAGCCGCACAUAGACUUUUUGAAACUGUUGAGCAAUGAGCUUGUAGUGCACAUCUUUCUCUGUCUUGAAGUUGAAGAUGUUAUUCGUCUUUCGCAGGUAGCAACUCACUGGCGCUGCAUGGCCUAUGACCGGAUUAUAUGGCGAACACUGUUCAUCACUCGGUUUCUUCGUCCGUCUAUUUCAUCACAAACACACUCGAAUCACCUUGUCCGCUAUGAGCAAACCAAAGAUAUACCGUUACCAACUGGAUCUGGAUAUUAUUGGUUUCGCCUUUACCGGAUCAACCACAAUUGGGUUACCGGAUCUUAUUCAUCAAAGCGAAUUGAUGUGGGCACCAGCUCACUGAUGCAUAGUUUGCCUUUGACUCGGGCAUUGGUUGCAAUGGGAGAGAACUGGUUGUUCUACCCAGAUUGGCAUGAGCAUUUAACCCACACCGGUCGGAUUUGCUGCUUGAACUUGUCUACUUUUCAGAAUGGCCCUUGGUUUGAGCUCAACUCGGUACUGCCAACAUGUACUGCAUCCAUUUCAAUUCUCAAAAUUGUCAAGCCAUCUCCAGUCCAGUCAGGACUCUUUGUUGGUCUAACUGAUGGCUCUUGGCUUUUGUUGGACAUUGACGGUUUUGGAACCUUGUCUGUCUUGUCAAAAUACACGGCAACAUGCAGCUUAAAGGUUCAAGAUUGCAGUGCCAGCAUCGUGACCGUGUCUGUUCUUGAUAAAGUUGUGUGCACUUGCUCUGAAAACUCAAAAAUUGGUCUGUUUUCCUUGAAUUCUGGACUGAUGGCACGACACAUAGCAUCGCUUACUGGCAUUCGAGGUCCGUGUCCAAUUGAUUUACACCUGUCACUUUCCAACAGCGAUGGAUCAUUCACUACUCCCAGGACGUUUCUGCUCAGCAUUGCAUCUGGCUCGUCUAUAUUUGGUGGUGGCUGGGAGCCUUAUAUUCAACAGGUCUUUUUCACAGAAACUGCAAUUGUUUCGUCUUGCCAACUUCUUCCAUCAUAUGCAACCAUUGAUUCGUACAAGUCUAAUUCAUCACGCUCGGAUGGUCACUGCAUACACCACGCAUUGCUUUCAGAUGCUGCAAAAUCGUCACUUUUGGGACUGUAUUGGAAUCCAUUUACAAUGGCAAUGGAGCCAGUCGUUCAUUCCUAUGCUCCUAUAUGUUUGAUCUCGUUAUUUCCCCCCUUUGUUGUUUGUGCACAUAUGGACAACUCUAUUCAAAUAUACACCCUGACCAGUUCAGAGCAGGCCACUACAUGUAUUCGCUGCACUUCAAAAUCAGAUAAAAAGCAGUUUAUUCUUAGGCAUUCAAAAACUCUUUUUGGACAUACUUCACGUGUGACUGCAAUGGUUCUUGUGCGUGGCAGACUCAUUACGUGUGCGAUGGAUGGUAUCAAAAUCUGGGAGUUUCCUGAUGUGAAUAUGCACCGCUUGGUCUACGCACUUCCUUUUUCAAACUCUAUUCCAACACUAUCAGCUAUUUCUGACAUCGAUAUAGAAGAUACAAAAGCAGAAUUUCCAAACAUGCCAAUAGUUACGCUAAUGGACAAAGCGUCUCGUGCCGAGUUUCUGAAAAAUGUUGGUGUGAUGGGAACUGUUACAUCUUGGGUUGGUGUCGAUCACACCAAGAUCGUACUGCAUGAAACUACAUCUAUUUUGAAUUUUUCAGCCGAAUGUAGCAACCACAGUACUACUAACUCCAGACAAGUUGGACAACAGCAUACCAUCAGAGUUGUAUCAUUUUUGUGA